UUCCCUUACCUCUCUCUCUCUCUCUCUGUGUAAUCUUUUGUAGUAAAAGCAAAGAAAUCCCAGACCAACUCAUUAUCAAAUAGCCCCCGGCCUCUCCCCUUUUCCACAGCCCAUGCGCAAAAACACCUUUUUAUUUCUUCUCUAGCUAGCUACCAUGGCAACCCAAGUACCAAUUCCGUCUCCAAGGCCACCCAAAGACUACAACGUUGACACUUCUCGCCCUUUUCGCUCAGUCAAAGAAGCCAUCGCAGUCUUUGGUGAGCGGCUUCUUGUUGGAGAGAUAUAUACCCCAAAGUCUUACACUUAUAGCCGCCCUCCUAGCCAAGAGAUUACUUGGUAUUCACCGAGCCGUAAAGAAGAUCAUGGUCAGGAGAGUAACCAGCUGCAAGGGGUUCUGGGUACCUUAAAGAAGCUAGAGGCUGAACUUGAGGAAACAAAAAAAGAGUUGAAGUUGCUAAAGGAGAGAGAAUCUGAAACAGAAAUUGCGUUGGCUUCACUUAAUGCUGAACUUCAUAAGAAAAUGUCAAAGUUGGCUGAAGCAGAGGCGGCGGCAGCUAAAAGGGCAGCGACAACACCAAGAGCUAUGAGUUUUGAGAUUGGAAAUGGAGAAGACAUAGCGAGAGAAGAAGAGAGGAGGAGAGAGCUAAUGAAAAGAAUGGAGAACAACCCAACUUUGUCUCAGAUACUAAGCAUUGGGGACAAGGAAGGAUACUUUGAAGUGAAAAGAGAAAGAAAGUUGAUGAAGAAGAAGCCCAUUCCACUCAUAGGAGAUUGGCUUUUCAAGAAAAAAGGGUCGUCUAUAAGACUAUAACCCUUCACAAACCCCUCUAUGCAUCUUCUCAUAUGUAUUUUACUCAAGACAAAAGGAUCACUUUCCAUAAAGUGUUUGUUUUAUUUCCUUUGUUUAUUUUCUCAUUAAAAUAGAUUGUUAUGAGUCCAAUUUAUGGGAGGAAAGUUUGUAUGUACUUUAUCCAAGGUAAAUAAAGAAA